GUGACAAAAAACAAAAAAGCUGGGCUGCUCGGAUCACGAUCUAAAACGGAGACGGGGCAGGCAGCGCCGCCCUCUGUGGUGCGCAACAGCUCAACGUCAGGCAGCGGCUCACUCAGGAAAUUCAAAUAGCGAUCUGUCCACAACACAGCCGCACGCAUCUUUAUGCUCCAAGGUCAUCGCAGCCGGCAGCCCGCGGAGGACACGCACGCACAGCCUCCUUCAGAAGCGUUCAGCAAAUCUGCGUUGAGUUGGGCCAGUGAUGCCAACCCCAGCCACAAGUCCUGCUGUGCCCCCACCAGAUGGUGGGUGGGGGUGGGCUGUGGUACUUGGAUCUUUCAUCUCCAUAGGAUUCUCAUACGCUUUCCCGAAAGCCAUCACAGUCUUCUUCAAAGAAAUCCAGAACAUUUUCGGCGCCUCCUACAGUCAGAUCGCAUGGAUCUCCUCCAUCAUGCUCGCCGUCAUGUAUGCUGCAGGUCCCAUCAGCAGCAUACUGGUGAACACAUAUGGCUGCAGACCCAUCGUCAUGAUGGGGGGCUGCCUCUGUGCCCUGGGCAUGAUCUCAGCUUCCUUCUGCACUAAUGUGUUGCAGCUUUACAUCUGUAUGGGAGUUGUUACUGGACUGGGGCUGGCCUUCAACCUGCAGCCAGCGUUGACUAUGAUAGGGAAAUACUUCUAUAAGAAGCGUCCGAUUGCUAAUGGGCUGGCAAUGGCAGGCAGUCCAGUCUUCCUCAGCACCCUGGCUCCUCUCAACCAGUAUCUCUACAAUCAGUUUGGCUGGAGAGGAAGCUUCCUCAUCUUGGGUGGCCUGCUGCUGAAUUGCUGUGUGGCAGGUUCGCUCAUGAGGCCUUUAGGACCUCCACCUGGCAAGGUCAAGAAGGAUGAAGAGUUGGCCGCCAUUGCUACCACGAGCAAGGAGAAGCGCAGUUUUUUGCAAAUAGUUAACAAGUAUCUGGACUUAUCUCUGUUCAAGCAUCGUGGCUUUCUCAUUUACCUGUCGGGUAAUGUCAUCAUGUUCGUAGGCUUCUUCGCACCUAUUGUUUUCCUUGCUGCCUAUGCAAAGGACAUGGGUGUAGAUGAGUACUCUGCUGCCUUCCUGCUCUCAAUCCUGGCUUUUGUGGACAUGGGUGCCAGGCCUUCCAUGGGGCUACUGGCCAACUCUCGUUGGGUCAGACCCAAGAUCCAGUACUUCUUCAGCUUUGCUGUACUGUACAAUGGAGUAUGCCAUAUCCUCUGUCCACUGGUUGAAAGCUACACUGGUUUGGUGGUGUAUGCAAUAUUCUUUGGCUUUGCCUUUGGAAUGGUCAGCUCAGUGCUGUUUGAGACCUUGAUGGACCUGGUUGGAGCUCAGAGGUUCUCCAGUGCUGUGGGACUGACCACCAUUGUGGAGUGCUGCCCAGUUCUCAUUGGGCCACCAUUAGCAGGGAAACUGGUCGAUGUCACAAAAAAUUACAAGUAUAUGUAUUUUUGCUGUGGAGCUAUUGUGAUUCUGGCCAGUAUUUGGCUCUUCAUCGGAAACUUCAUUAACUAUAGACUCUUAGAUCGUGAGCGCAGACGUGCAGAGAUGUACAAACGGACUGAGACAGAAGAUCCGGACCAAACUCUGGAUCAAAAGGAGGCUGAUGGCGAAGCCCAGGCCACUGAAGAACUGGUCGACGAAAGUCAGAAAGACGAGCAACCUAUGCAGCGGGAAACCAACAUCUAGAUUGUACUACUCUGCCAACACCUCACUGUCACCACUGCUGCAAUCUUGCCACACCCUCCACUAUGAUCAGACUGAGCUCCGAGCUAAGAGGUGCCUCCCGGUGUUCCGCCAGGCUCUAUCUGGGGUCCUCUACUUCUCUAAAGCCAAAGCAACAGCAGUGUUGUAGGAGAGGCUGUGAGGGAUAAAUUCUCUUUGACAAAAAGUAAAGUGUAACAUACUGUUUGCAUGUGAAGAGGCUAAAAGUCAAAAUGUUUGUGGAAUGUUUGUGGUAGUACUAACUGUAUUUUCUUUUUUCCAACAUUGAGCUUGUAUCGGAAAUACUAUAAACUGCGGCGUGUGGAGAAACACUCACAUGACACAGUGGCUGUUUGAGUCAGUACAAGGGAAUAUUGUUUCUGUCCUAUAAAACUAGGACAAGUGGGAGCAAUUGUAGCAGCAAAUUAAAAAAAUUGGCAGAUAAUUUUGAAACCUUCAUCAAAGAUUUAUCUGCUGCCAUUUAUUAAAAUAAUAAUAGUACUGACUCUGUUUUAAAGAGAUUUUCUGUGUGACCCAACAGAAAAUAUCUUUCCAUUCUUCCUGCUGCGUCUUCUGACCUGAAUGCAUCAUAAUUCCAACAGCACCAGCAACCACAUGUUUAAAAUAAAUAAGCCUCCUUAACAACAUAACUGGUAAAUAAGAUAGGGGUUUUUUGGCAUUCAAAGACAUUUCCGUCACUUAAACCAGUCUCCGUUACUUGUGAUGUCUUGACCACAGACUGCUGAUAAAAGAUGGACAUAACUUCUGAGUCAUAAAUGCAAAGCCAGUAUGGAAGUGCCUUAAAUAUGCAUUUUUUUUAAUGGCCACUGGGGGGUGCAAACAGUAGUCCAGUUUAAUGAAGGUCAAUACAGAUCACUAGAUCUUAUUUAAAAUGACAUAAAUGACAUAAAUUUUCAUUAAUUAUUGUGCAUAUAAAACUUAAGAGUAUCCUUUUGGGCAUGCUUUGUGAUUGACACAUUGUUACAUUGCAGGACUUCCUUUUUGUGGGAACCAAUCCUUUCAAAGCUCAAAGGUAGCGAUGGAAAAAAUGCUUAGCUCGAGGCUUUGCAUUGGGACUUCUCUAACUGAUGCUUAAUGACAUGGUGGUUAAAUCCAUCUUUUAUAUACAGUCUGUUCUUGAAGUUGAACUAAUUUCAACCUCUGGCUUCAGCCAACAAGCAAUUUCAUUUCCUUUUUGUUCAGCAUCUGGGUUGUUUGAGGUUCUACACCCAUAUUGGACAAGUUAAAUGGAGGGUGCUAAAUUGCUAGUGCAAAUAGCUUACCAGAAAAGGCAGAUGAAGGAAUCACCUUUGGCCAUAGUAAUGAACACACCCAUUCUACAAGUAUCAACAUUUAAAUUCAAGUUGUGAAGAAUGGGACUGUACCUAAUUGCACUGUGCUUUAUAUGGCAACUGGGUGCCCUAAAAUUCCAACUUCCAUAAAUAAGGUACAGAUGUGUUCACAGCUGGCGCCUGUGUAUUAUGCUGUCCAUCCGAGAACUCUAACUUUAUGCAGUAAAACCUGCCAAAAAGUCCAAGCUCUGAUCGGGUCAUAAAAUGCUACGUUAAAUGUCUUGGGUCCCAUAUUCUUAUACUCACAUAUACCGUGUGCCGCACUAAAAGUGAAAUGGCCACACUUCAUUCCAGACUUCAUUAUGAAAUUGCUGCAAUUCAGUGAAUUUAAUUAUGGUUGAAUGUAAUUUCCUCUGUGGGCCUUAAGAAGGUAUUAAUGACCAAAAACCAUCGAUUACGAGUGGUUUUCUACAUAUGAAGCCCAUAAGCAAUAUGCUCACAUUGUAACACAGCUAUACAGGGAAACAUAUUUAUAGUGACCAUUGCCUCUCCAUACUGUGAUACAUUGCCUUAAAUUUAGUGCAAUCAGUGCAGGGGAGACAGUGAAAACUUGAUGAAUCUUGAUAAAUCUUUGUGUUAAACGUGGUCCACCUCUUUGGUUUGAUUAACUUCCCAACUCAUGAGAAAUCAAUGUAAUGUGUGUAUACUACGUGAUAAAGCUUUAAGUAAUUGUAUUCUAUAUGCUGUAGUCAUUAACAAACUAAUUCACUAACAACCCGCGCACCAGUAUGUUAACAAGAUGAAGGAACACGUCACUAAUUAAGAAAUGCUAAUUGUGUCCAAGUGUGUCGUGUUCACUCAGAUAUUUUGGUUGUUAUAAAUGUCAGUGUUGUUCAGUAUGAUAUCCAUUACAUGUGUAUUUUUGUAAAGGUCACCCUGCUGUGCUGCUGAUCAGUUUUUGUCUGAAAACCUGGAGCUAAAACUGACCAAAUGAUAUCCUGCCACAGAUAAGAAAGCCAAACACAUUUGCAAGUAAUCAUGAACAUACACACUGGUCCCUUUAUAAAUGGUGGGAUGUGUAUUCAGAACUCUGAAAUCCUGAUAUCAAGCUGUGUAUCAGUGGUUCAACCAUAUCUUGUCUUUAUCUAAGACUCAUGAUAAUAAUGCUGUGAUAUCCUCUGUAGGUGGGUUUGAAUCGGCUGCUGUUUUGCUUGUCUGUGUGAACUCUGGUAUGAGUAUUGACCACUGCUGUGUUCUUUGUUUGUUUUGUUUCUUGCAGGUAAUAUUGUUCAGUUUCUUUGAGCUCUUUUUUGUCCUGGACUUAGUCUCACAUAUAUUUUCCUUUAAGAAUCACUUAAUCUGAAUCUCCUGUUAUGGCCGCUUGUCUCCAGAAAUGCACUUUAGUUCAUCAGCAUUUCAUUCCCGUAUCACACAGUAUUUUUAUAUACUGUCAUGUCUGUACCCUCCUACAUUUAAAGUCUGUGAAUGUUACUUUAUUCAGCCUGCACUUAAUUAGUGGAAAGAGGUUCACUAUGAAUGCUGCAAAAUCACUUCUAUCAAAUAGCACUGCCCCCUGCUGGUUUCAAGCCACAUGAAAGGUCAAGAAAGCCAGGUUGUUGUUUGUUACAUUUACCUAUUUAUAAUAUCAAAAACAAUUUAUUUUUCAUGGGAUAAAUACAUGAGCAUUUUUCUUUUCUAAACUAUAUUUUCUUGAUAUUUAUAGGUUGAAUUAUACACAAAAAACAAAGCAAAAUCUUGUCAUGUGAAAAUAUGGGGAAUAUAAAUUAAUUUCAGCACAAAGUUUCAUUCCUAUUUUUUCCAAUGCCCAAUUUUCCCGGUAAUUAAAAUGAUGCAGUAUGGAUAAUGUUAUUUAAGCAAAAAAAUAAAUAAAUAAAUCAUAUACCAUUAAAUUUAAUGUGUGGUAAGGUAAAUAACAUGCUUGGAAUGUUCUGAUAUUUACAUAUUGACAUCCAAAACAAGCAUUUUGUGUAUUUGUUUAAUUACGUUUAUUAUCAAUUAUAAGGUGUAGCAUCUCAAAGAUUGUGUUUAUUUUCUUUUUAUGUGUGUAUAUUUAGAAAGAAGACAUUUAUUUUGAAGUUUGCUUAAAACCAGUUUUAGCAGAGCGAUGACAUUUAAGCGAAUAAUAAUGACUCCUCCCCCUGUGGCAUUAUUUUUUUAACACAGUUAACUAUUAAGCAGCUUAAUUUAUUAUCCUGGUGUGUGGAGGAGGUGUCACUUCGCUGUAAGAUAUAUGCAGAUGCUAACGUUGUUGGACACUGGACAGCACUUUGCAGCUAACACCCUUAGCUUGUUGAAAUGAUAGCAGAUUGGAGCUUUUCAUUCAUAUAUUAAAUAAUAUAAAACAAAUCGUGAACUGUUAACUAUAAUGAUCUGUUUUUCUUUGAAUAAUGUGUAUUACAUUUCAAUAAAAUUAUUUUCUUUUUAUAUGAGAAUUUGGGGAAUUAGAGGUUUAUUCUCAGUUAAAUUUGUCUUUUUGUGCAUUUCAAAUUACCUUUAAAAAACACAAGCAAACACAAUUCCAGCUUGCAGGUGGAAUCUUCCCACACGUGUAUCACACUGCUUUAUGUUAAUGUGGAUAUCAGUAUGUGUCGCUGCUGAUUGUAUGGAAGGUCAUUUGCUUCUGGGAGGAGGAGGAAAUGUAAGCUAACUGUGCCUUAUUGUUUUAAACUGACAGAUAUAAACAUGGACAAUAGUGCAACUUC